ACACAGAAAAAUCGAAUCCCAGAGAGUGUGAUAUGGUGACAGGUGAUUUCAACGAAACCCACACUAGGGGUACAACUUCAGAAACGUUGGAAUUCCAAACAGAGAUGCAACCAAGACAAGACACGUCUGAGGAUUUACAAUUACCAAUCAUCAUUACAUCCUCAAUUGUUGGACUUCUUUUGAUCGUUAUAUUUGUCUGUCUCAUCACCAGAUUAAUCAAAAGAAAAGAAAAACAAGGAAAUAAACGUUCCACUACAGAGGUAAACAUGUUAACAGAUCUUUACUCUGAGCCGAUACCUGGGGCGGGUGAAAGCAAAAUGAAAACAAUGGAUCACAUUAAUGCUGAAGAAGAACCAGCGUAUUCUGUGACAGAUUCUAAAGAAAAUGAGUAUUCACAACCCCUCAUCAACAGAGACAAUAAUGGAUCUGAACCUACAAAAGCUGUUACCUCUACAGACAGUGAAUAUGCUGAUACAGAUUUGGGUGAAUAUGACGUUUUAAGAGGCCAAAGAAUGAAACUCCCCGAGAAUGCAUCAUCGCAUUGUGAAAUUUAUGACAGGACAAAUAAUGUUGUCACUGGUAUUUAUGACGUCACUUCAAAUACGCAAAACGAAAACGAAUAUUCAAUGGUUGAUAACGAUUUAAAAUAAUACUGCAUGAUUAUAUAA